AUGGCAAAAUUCAACUUUACUCAAGUGACAGAAUUUAUUCUCAAAGGGAUUACAGACCGCCCAGAGCUCCAGGCACCACUUUUUCUAAUUUUCUUAGUCAUCUACACAGUCACGGUGGUAGGAAACCUUGGACUGAUUACAUUAAUCAGGAUGGAUUCUCGACUUCAUACACCUAUGUACUUUUUUCUUAGUCAUUUAGCUUUUGUUGACUUCUCCUAUGCCUCAACUGUCACACCCAAGAUGCUAGUACAUUUUGUGGUGGAUAAAAAUACCAUUUCAUUCAAUGCUUGUGCAGCCCAAGUAGGAUGUUUUGUUACAUUUGUAAUAGCAGAAUGUUUUAUUUUAGCUUCAAUGGCCUAUGAUCGUUAUGUAGCCAUUUGUAAUCCAUUGCUUUACUUAGUUGUUAUGUCUCAGAAACUCUGUAUUCAGAUAGUUGCUGUUGCUUAUACCUAUAGUUUUUUGGGUGCCUUGACCAAUACUAUUGUCACAUUCCGCUUAUCUUACUGUGGUUCCAAUGUCAUCAAUAAUUUUUAUUGUGAUGAUGUUGCCCUCUUACCUCUGUCCUGCUCAAACACGUACACAAAACAGAUGAUGAUAUUUGUCUUUGCUGGGUUUAACAUAAUUUCUUCUUCAAUGAUUAUCAUAAUCUCCUAUAUUUUCAUUAUUGCUUCUAUCUUGCGUAUCCAUUCUGCAGAAGGCAGGCUUAAAGCUUUCUCUACCUGUGGCUCCCAUAUGGUGGCUGUCACCAUUUUCUACGGUACAUUGAUCUUUAUGUAUCUGCUACCAAAGUCAAAAGAUUCCUUGGACACUGAUAAAAUAACAUCUGUGUUUUACACAAUGGUUAUUCCCAUGCUGAAUCCUUUAAUUUACAGUUUAAGGAACAAAGAUGUGAAAGAGGCCCUAAAGAAAGCUGGAGGGAAAGGAUGUGAAAAACUAAAAAAGCUUCAGGCCAGAAAAUGA